GAGUAUUGAAAAAAGUCAAGAGACAUAGCAAAUUCCAUACCAAAAAAGUGCUAAUUCUAUUCAUUCAUCUUUACCAUUACACCAUUCCCCUUCAUUUUCUUUCUACUUUAAAACAUUCUAGUUGAGUUUUGCAGAAACUUUGUGGUACCUUGUAUUGAUGUUUAUGUUUUAAUAUAUACACAUUUUUUCAUGAACUUCCUGUGACCAGCCGACAACUCUGAACAUAGUACUCAACCCCCACCUCAACACCCCACCCCCACCUCAAGAAAACCUCUUCUUCACUACUGUUGUUUGUACAAGUAAAACACCUGCAGUAGCUUCCAUCUAUGUACUGUAUCUGUCUAUUUGUCAUUCUACAAAUCACCCCUUUUUAACAAACUCAAAGAUUGUGACUUGGAAAUACCUAUCAAGAACCAGGUUGGUGGUGUUUGUUUUAGCAAGAUGAGCUAGAAAGGAGUAUAAAGAAUUGAUUUUUAUGUAGUUGGUGGUGGUGGUGUUUUUCACUUUAAUCUUUCAGCAAGAUGAGUUGCAGAAGAUGUCAAGAAUGUUUUUCACCAAAUGGGGUGAUGAAAAAUGUUGUCUUUAUUAACAUAAUGUUUCUGAGUUGGAGUUUUCUUGUAGUGUCAAAUGCAAGAAAACUGGCUGAAAGUAGUAGUGGUGGUGAUGAUCAAGUAGGCAGGUUAAUAGCCUUCAUGAAGUCUUCUGUUGAAUCUGAUCCAAAUGGAUUCUUGAAUGACUGGAGUUUAUCUUCUUCAAGUCCAUGUACUUGGAAUGGGACUUCAUGCUCAAAUGGUCAAGUUGUUGAGGUCAAUCUCUCUGGUGCAAGGCUUAGUGGUCCUCUUCACCUAAAUGAGCUUAUGGCUUUGCCUACUUUGCUCAGAGUUAAUUUCAAUGACAACCAUUUCUAUGGGGAUCUUUCCUCAACCGCUGCUUCUUGUAGCUUUGAGUUUCUUGAUUUAUCAGCUAACAAUUUCUCUGAGACUCUUGUUUUAGAGCCUUUGUUGAAGUCUUGUGAUAAGAUUAAGUACCUAAAUGUGUCUAGGAAUUCAAUUGAAGGAGUUGUUCUAAAGUUUGGACCUUCACUGUUGCAACUUGACUUAUCAAGUAACACCAUUUCAGAUUUUGGCAUUUUGAGUUAUGCACUGUCCAAUUGCCAGAAUUUGAAUCUGCUUAAUUUCUCCUCAAAUAAGCUUGCUGGCAAGCUAAACAGCUCUCUCUCUUCUUGCAAGAGUCUAUCUGUUCUUGAUCUUUCGUGUAAUAACUUAACUGAAGAACUCAAUGGUCUUGAUUUUGGGACUUGUCAAAAUCUCACUGUCCUCAAUUUGUCUUUCAAUAACCUUUCUUCAACUGAGUUUCCACCCUCUUUGGCAAAUUGCCAGAGCCUCAAUACACUGGACUUUGGCCACAAUUCGAUCCGAAUGGAGAUUCCUGGUGAGUUAUUGGUGAAGUUGAAGAGUCUGAAGCGAUUGGUGCUAGCUCACAAUCAGUUUCUUGAUGAAAUUCCAUCAGUAUUGGGACAAACUUGCAGCACACUUGAGGAGCUUGAUCUUUCUGGAAACCGGUUGACUGGUGAACUUCCUUCAACUUUUAAAUUGUGUUCCUUGCUUUUCAGUCUCAAUCUCGGUAAUAAUGAGCUAUCGGGUGAUUUCUUGAAUACUGUUAUCGGUUCACUCACGAAUCUUAGGUAUCUCUACUUGUCAUUCAAUAACAUAACUGGUCAUGUACCAAAGUCUUUGGUAAACUGUACAAGACUUCAGGUGCUUGACCUCAGUUCAAAUGAGUUUACUGGGCAUGUACCUUCUGAGUUUUGUUUAGCAGCCUCGGGCUUUCCGCUGGAGACGAUGCUCUUAGCUAGUAAUUAUCUUACUGGAACGGUGCCUAAACAGCUCGGACAUUGUAGGAACCUCAGGAAGAUUGAUCUCAGCUUCAAUAAUCUGACUGGUUCAAUCCCAUUGGAGAUAUGGACCCUUCCAAAUCUUUCGGAGUUGGUAAUGUGGGCUAAUAAUCUCACCGGUGAAAUUCCUGAAGGCAUUUGCAUCAAUGGAGGGAACCUUCAGACACUAAUUCUCAAUAACAAUUUCCUCACUGGGGCACUUCCACAGUCCAUUGCCAAUUGUACCAACUUGGUUUGGGUAUCGUUGUCCAGCAAUCGACUAUCUGGAGAGAUACCACAAGGAAUUGGGAAUCUUGCAAAUCUUGCUAUCCUUCAGUUGGGUAAUAACUCACUCACUGGACUGAUCCCUCAAGGACUAGGUACGUGCAGGAACCUGAUAUGGCUAGAUUUGAAUAGCAAUGCUCUAACAGGUUCAAUCCCUCCUGAGCUUGCUGAUCAAGCUGGCCAUGUUAAUCCGGGAAUAGUUUCUGGAAAACAGUUUGCUUUUGUGAGAAAUGAGGGUGGAACUGAAUGUAGAGGUGCUGGUGGACUGGUUGAGUUUGAGGGUAUCCGUGAAGAGAGGCUUUCGAUUCUUCCUAUGGUUCACUCCUGUCCAUCAACUAGGAUCUAUUCUGGCAGGACGAUGUACACCUUCACAAGCAACGGGAGCAUGAUUUACCUUGACCUCUCCUACAAUUCUUUAUCAGGAACUAUUCCUGAUAAUUUAGGUUCAUUGAACUUCCUUCAAGUCCUGAAUUUGGGACACAACAAUUUCUCAGGAACCAUUCCGUUCAGCUUUGGAGGUCUGAAGAUAGUUGGAGUCCUCGAUCUGUCACAUAACAGCCUUCAGGGAUUCAUUCCACCCUCAUUAGGAGGCCUUUCAUUUCUUAGUGAUCUUGAUGUUUCAAACAACAACCUAUCGGGAACGAUUCCUUCUGGUGGACAGCUGACUACUUUUCCUGCUUCAAGGUAUGAAAACAACUCAGGCCUUUGUGGCGUCCCCCUUCCUCCUUGUGGCUCGGGCAAUGGACACCAUUCGUCAAGUAUUUACCAUCAUGGGAAUAAGAAGCCUACAACUAUAGGAAUGGUGGUUGGGAUUAUGGUCUCUUUUCUAUGUAUUAUCCUACUUGUUAUUGCCCUUUAUAGAAUUAAAAUGACUCAAAAUGAGGAAGAGAAGAGAGACAAAUACAUUGAUAGCCUUCCAACUUCUGGCAGUAGCAGCUGGAAACUAUCAACCGUUCCUGAGCCUCUGAGCAUUAAUGUGGCAACGUUUGCAAAACCAUUGAGGAAACUGACAUUUGGACAUCUUCUAGAAGCAACCAAUGGGUUCAGCUCUGAAAGCUUGAUUGGCUCUGGAGGCUUUGGUGAAGUCUACAAGGCGCAACUGAGGGAUGGCAGUACUGUCGCGAUCAAGAAGCUCGUGCACGUGACAGGUCAAGGAGACAGAGAGUUCAUGGCAGAAAUGGAGACUAUUGGAAAAAUCAAACAUAGAAACCUUGUCCCUUUGUUGGGAUACUGCAAGAUUGGGGAGGAAAGGCUUCUCGUAUACGAAUACAUGAAAUGGGGAAGUCUCGAAUCUGUUCUUCACGAUGGAAAGAAAGGAGGCAUGGUUCUUGAUUGGGAAGCUAGAAAGAAAAUCGCGAUAGGAUCAGCAAGAGGAUUAGCAUUUCUUCAUCACAGCUGCAUACCUCACAUAAUCCAUCGUGAUAUGAAGUCUAGUAAUGUACUUUUAGACGAAAACUUUGAGGCACGGGUUUCUGAUUUUGGAAUGGCAAGGUUGGUAAAUGCACUGGAUACUCAUUUAAGUGUGAGUACACUUGCUGGUACUCCAGGUUAUGUUCCUCCAGAGUACUACCAAAGUUUCAGGUGCACGGCAAAGGGGGACGUGUACAGUUAUGGUGUCAUAUUGUUGGAGCUUCUUUCCGGGAAGAGGCCGAUAGAUCCACGUGCAUUCGGUGAUGAUAACAAUCUUGUUGGAUGGGCAAAGCAGCUUCAUAACGAGAGACAAAGUCAUGAGAUUCUUGAUCCUGAGCUAAUAACAAAUCUAUCCGGUGAUGCUGAACUCUACCAUUACUUAAAAGUUGCAUUCGAAUGCCUUGAUGAGAAAUCUUACAAAAGGCCAACAAUGAUACAAGUGAUGACCAAGUUUAAAGAACUACAAGCUGAUUCAGAAAGCGAUAUUCUUGAUGGCAUUUCAGUGAAAGGUUCUAUACUCGAGGAAUCGCAAGAAAGAGAACCUUAAAUCAAUGAUAUUUUGAUCCUUUUUGUGGUUAGAAUUCUGUUCUUCUUUUCUUCUUUUUGAUUGCCUCAUGGAUAGUAGUAGAAACUUUUAUCUUUAAUGGCUCUUUACCAUAUGCAAUUGAUAAGAGUUUAUACUUCAGAUUUUGCUUACUGUACAUGUAAAUAUUAGAACAUGAAGGAGAAUGGGAGAUGUGAAAAUAUUUCAAUGAAUUUCA